ACUCUUUUGGGACAGAAGGACAUAGCUUCCACAGCAGCAUCACCAACAAACGCGGAUUGAUUUUUAAGCAGUCAGGACCACUCCACCACCACCACUCCACCACCCAUAACUGUGCGCAUAACAGGGAAACGUCAGCGAGAACUACGUAGUGCCAGGCAGGCGAAACGGAGACCCGGUUAUAGGCUACCGGACUGAAUCUCUCAUUACUCCUCUCCAAGACAGAGCAGGACCAAGUCAGUCUGGUGGUGUCAGUAAGAGCCAAUAACACGGAUCAAGGAUUCUAUUUCUGAAGCAAAUAACCUUAAGGAGUGUGUGCCGAAAACCCGUAUGACAUCACUACUUCCAUCCUUUUCUCCACAUUUCGGGACUGUAAAAAGUGCUUAAUCCAGGAGAAGGACCACAUAAAGAUAAUUUAUAUUUUCAGAAAAAGUACGACGUUUUGGUUAUAUCUUGGAUAAAGAGAUCGACGACUUAGGUAUGGAAGUCGCAGCCGAUCAAUCUCGGUGGAUGGCGCAUCAUCACGCCGUGCUGAAUGGGCAGCACCCAGACUCCCAUCACCACAGCCUGACCCACAACUACAUGGAGCCCAUGGCGCCGCUUUUACCCCCAGACGAGGUGGACGUGUUUUUAAACCACUUGGACUCUCAGGGGAACCCCUACUAUGCCAACUCCCGGGCCAGGGUUACAUACAGCCAGGCACAUGCUCGCCUUGGGAGUCAGGUUUGCCGGCCACACCUCAUCCACAGCCCCGGCAUUCCGUGGCUGGACAGCGGGAAGGCGGCCCUCUCUGCUGCCCACCACCAUAACGCAUGGGCGGUCAGUCACUUCAGCAAGCCCGGACUGCAUCCUGCUAGCUCCGGCUAUCCUUGCAGUAGUAGCUCCAGCACUGCUCCAGUGUCUUCCCUCACCCCUGCGUCCCACUGCAGCCCGCACCAUCUCUACAGUUUCCCUCCUACGCCUCCCAAAGACGUGUCUCCGGACCUCGGCCCUACUUCUCCAACCUCCACCUCGACGAGAAUGGACGAAAAGGAGUCCAUCAAAUACCAAGUGUCACUGGCUGACGGAAUGAAAAUGGAGGGCUGCAGUCCUCUCCGCAACAGCCUGGCUUCGAUGAGUGCCCAAACUCCCGCAACACACCACCCCAUCCCGACCUACCCAUACUCUCUCCCAACACCACACGAAUACGGCAGCAGUCUUUUCCACCCCGGUAGCCUGCUGGGUGGAUCUUCAUCCAGCUUUACGCCGAAGUGUAAAAGCAAAGCCCGGUCAUGCUCAGAGGGGCGCGAGUGUGUCAACUGCGGUGCCACCUCCACCCCACUGUGGCGGCGGGACGGGACAGGCCACUACCUGUGCAAUGCCUGCGGCCUGUACCACAAGAUGAACGGCCAGAACAGACCUCUCAUCAAACCCAAACGCAGACUGUCGGCUUCGAGACGAGCUGGCACCUGCUGCGCUAACUGUCAGACCACCACCACCACCCUUUGGAGGCGUAACGGCAAUGGCGACCCGGUGUGCAACGCCUGCGGGCUCUACUACAAACUGCACAACGUCAACAGGCCAAUGACCAUGAAGAAGGAGGGCAUCCAGACACGCAACCGCAAGAUGUCCAGCAAGUCCAAGAGGGGCAAACGGUCCGGAGAUGGCUACGAUGAGCUGUCCAAAUGCAUGCAUGACAAGUCCUCUCCCUUCGGUGGUGGCCCCGGCCUGGCUGGACACAUGACCCACAUGGGCCACCUUCCCACCUUCAGCCACUCCGGACACAUGCUGCCCACUCCCACUCCCAUCCACCCCUCCUUCGGCCAUCCUCACCACCACUCCGGACGGUCGCCGGCCUGGGCUGAGCAUUGAAGCCUCCUGAAGCCCCUUCAUCACACCUCCACCCCAUCAUCACCACUACUGCUUCUGUUUCUAGAGGGGUAAUUGGGAUCACUGUCAGUAGGACUUUGUUUUGCCUGGCCUCAUUGAGAGAAUUAUGGAGAGGAGACGUGACUGAAGGGAGAGAGAACGUGAGAGGGUGAAAGUGAAGCCGAACAUGGGCGUGUUGAGUUGCUCCCUUAAAGUUGCCUUUUUUUACUAAGUCACUUUGGUACCCCCUCCCACCCUAUGAGAGAAGAGAUGUGAGGUAUUGGGAGAACCACUGCUUUCCCCUCCUGAACCUCUGUAGUGUACUGAGACCAGCCCCCCUGUGGGUACGAGAGACUUUCUGAAACAGCCUCCCCACACAUGUACAUGCAUACACACACACACACCACUGACCCCAUCACCCCUCACAUGCUGGAAUACACACCACCCACCUGGUCCCCCUGGACGUUAUGGAAAAAAUAAGCAAGCAAACAGAAAGUUUAUAUAAAGUUAAUAAUUGUUAUUAUUGUUGUUAUAAUUGAUGUUAUACUUGUUAUGAUAAUUUAUUUUCACUCUUUUUGCUUUCUUCAGAACACAAGGAUAUUGUUACGAUUAUAAUUUCAUUGUUAUUAUGUAAAGAAAAGAACACUGACUAAUGUUAGACGAGACAUUGUUCCUGAGCUGUACGUUUUUAUCAUUUUCCAUCUCACAAAAUAAAGGAAAUAAAGUUUGAAUACUAAAUAA